AUGUCCAUCUACAAUGUGUGCGCCCUCGUGGGAGCCUCAACCAUCGGCUACUUUGGCUUCCAGCUCGCCUCUGCCCUUCGCUUCCAGCUUCAUACCUCCAAGUUGCAGCGAUAUCACCACGGUCCUGAUCCGUGGGCUCUGGUUUCUGGUGCGAGCGACGGGAUCGGCUUGGCCUUCGUCCGUGCUUUUGCCGCGCGGGGCUUCAACGUGGUUCUUCAUGGACGCAAUGAAGCCAAGCUGCAGAAGAUCGUUGCCGAGCUGCAGCAGCAAUACAAAACCACCAGCUUCAGGACGCUCGUCCUCGACGCCGGAACUCCAGCUAGUCCGGCCUUUGACGAAACCGUCCUCGCGGCCGUAAAGGACAUCAACCUGACCGUGGUCGUGCACAACGUGGCCGGAUCGGGCGACCCCAAAUUUGACAUGGCGCUCUUCGAGGACAUCCCGGCGCGGCUGUGCGACGGCUGGAUCAACGUCAACGCGCGCUUCACCACGCACCUCACACGCCUCCUGCUUCCGAUCCUGCUCCGAAACCAGCCGGGCCUGAUGCUCUUCAUCAGCAGCGCCGUGACCGAGGUCACCGCACCGUGCACGUCGCUGUACACGGGCACGAAGUGCUACAUCGAGGGCCUGGCCAAGUGCCUGAGGCUUGAAAUGGCCCUGAAGGGCCACGACGUCGAGAUGAUGGCUCUGCUGACCGGCACCGUCGCCACGGCCUCGUCGGGCCGCAGCGACGCAGACAUCUCCUUCACCAUGCCCAGCACAAACGCCUUCGUCAAGGCAAGCCUCGACAAGGUCGGCUGGGGCAGCCCCCGGGUCACGCCCUGGCUCGGUCAUGGGCUCCAGUUCAGCUUCAUGAAGAUGCUCCCUGCCUGGGCACGCGAUCAGAUGCUGCUACGCAUAGUGAAGAAGAUGCAAGAUGGGGCUGCGAAAAAGGAUUGA